GCGGCGGAGGGGGCUCCGGGCGGAGAGAAAGCGGGCGGGCGGCCGGGGCUCCCCGCUCCGCAGGGCGACCGGCGGGGCAGGAUGAACCAGGAGGAGAUCCUGAGGAAAUUCAUUAAGCGCGUCCAGGCCAUGAAGGACACGGACCACAAUGGGGAGGACAACUUCGCCAGCGACUUCAUGAGGUUAAGAAGAUUAUCAACAAAAUACAGAACAGAGAAGAUCUACCCAACAGCCACUGGAGAAAAAGAAGAAAAUGUUAAAAAGAAUAGAUACAAGGAUAUAUUGCCAUUUGAUCAUAGCCGUGUUAAACUGACCUUAAAAACUCCCCCACAAGAUUCAGAUUACAUCAACGCAAACUUUAUUAAGGGAGUACAUGGGCCAAAAGCAUAUGUUGCUACCCAGGGACCCUUAGCCAAUACAGUCAUAGACUUCUGGAGGAUGAUUUGGGAGUACAACGUUGCUAUAAUUGUGAUGGCCUGUCGAGAGUUUGAAAUGGGAAGGAAAAAAUGUGAGCGUUACUGGCCUCUGUAUGGAGAAGCAGCUGUAACUUUUGGACCAUUUCGUGUUUCUUGUGAAGCUGAGCAAGCGAGAACAGAUUACUUCAUUAGAACAUUAUUACUUGAAUUUCAAAAUGAGACUCGUAGUGUCUAUCAGUUUCAUUAUGUCAACUGGCCCGACCAUGAUGUCCCUUCGUCUUUUGAUUCUAUUCUGGACAUGAUCAGCUUGAUGAGAGAAUACCAGGAACAUGAAGAUGUACCCAUUUGCAUACACUGCAGUGCAGGGUGUGGAAGAACGGGAGCCAUCUGUGCCAUAGAUUAUACAUGGAAUUUGCUUAAAGCUGGGAAAAUACCUGAAGAAUUCAAUGUAUUUAAUUUAAUACAGGAAAUGAGGACACAAAGGCAUUCUGCAGUGCAGACAAAGGAGCAGUAUGAACUUGUCCAUCGAGCCAUAGCACAACUCUUUGAAAAGCAACUGCAAAAAUACGAAAGCUGUGCAGACUGGAAGAUUGCAGAUGGAGUGGAUGAAAACAAUACAGAGAAUGCUGUCAGUUCUUCAGAUGCUGAGAAACAGGAUUCUCCUCCACCAAAGCCUCCACGGACCCGCAGUUGCCUUGUUGAAGGAGAUGCUAAAGAAGAAAUCUUGCAGCCUCCAGAGCCUCUGCCAGUACCACCAAUCUUAACACCUUCUCCCCCCUCAGCUUAUCCAACAGUCACUACGGUGUGGCAGGACAAUGACAGAUACCAUCCAAAGCCAGUUUUGCACAUGGUUUCAUCAGAGCAUUCAACAGACCUCAACGAGAAUUAUAAUAAGUCAACAGAACAUUCAGGGAAGAACGAACCCAGUGAACGCGCAGAGAAAAGGCUGGAGCGCAACUUAAGUUUUGAGAUCAAGAAGGUACCUCUUCAGGAGGGACCACGAAGCUUUGAUGGGAACUCCCUGUUGAACAGGGGACAUGCAGUUAAAAUUAAGCCUGUGUCAUCCUCUGUAAUUGAUAAGAGCUUUAAACCACAGGAACAGAUUUCAGGGGAUUCAUUUGUAGAUGCUUCUCAAAACUCGCGUGUGGAAUACAAUGUGCCACCAUCUAACACAGCCUUAAUACCUUCACCAGAAGGUCUGCAGGUGUCUGAUACUCCACCAAGACCAGACCGUUUGCCUCUGACAGAAAAGGGACAUGCCACGUGGUCACUACAUGGGCCUGAAAGUGCACUGUGUACGUCGGCGUCUGGAGACGCAUCUUCAGACACCUUGUGUCACGGUGUUAAAACUCUCUCUCUAGCAUCAAACACCACAGUUGAACAUCCUCCUGGUGAUAAUGUUGAUCAUACUCCUAUUUCUGUCCGAGCACCCCUCUGUUUUACUAAUCCUCUCCAUUCAGAUGAUUCUGACACGGAGGCGAACUUUGAUGGAGCCGUGAGCAAAAGCGCAUCUAACGUGUCAACCGCAAGUGCCACAGUCUCUGCUGCCACUAGUACUGAAAACAUUUCUGCCAGGAAAGUAUUGCCAAUGUCUAUUGCUAGGCAAGACUUAACAGCUGUAACGUUUUCUGAAGAUGGCAAAGGCACACCCUUGCUGAAACCAGUUGUGAUUGCACAGUCGGAGUGGAGCAUAUUGCGUGAUCAGCAUCUCCCUGAGCAAACAGCCUCCAUAGGUUUGAAAACAACUUCACCUAUACUACCUGAUCGUCCUGAAAGAAGCAACAAAACACCAACUGACAUUUUACCUCAGAUUUCUUUUUCUGGUUCCACUGAUACAAGAGGUCAAAUUUCAGAAUUUCCUGCAGAAGUAACAGAUAUUGGUUUUGGUAACCGCUGUGCAAAGCCCAGAGGACCAAGAGAGCCACCCUCAGAAUGGACAUGAUCCAAGAACCAAUGGACAUACUACCAUUAAGUUAUACUGGAAAACUCAAGUGCCACUGAGAACUAGAAAAAUAGUAUUCCACUUUUCUGGGGGGCGACUAACACAGAGCAGUGUAGAUCUAACUAUCCAUGGUACACUCUUUGCAGUACAUCCCAUGCAAAACCUGACACGUGGUUCACAACAGUGGAUUCCAGUAUUACAACUUAACUUCUUGCUGGGGCCAUCUACCUGCCUUACUACACUUAGGAGAAAGUAUUAAUACGAUUUAUUUUGUAACUUCAAGUAUUAUUGCCUUAAUGUCUUUUAACCCUGUUACACGCUGCUUGUAGACAUAUGUUAAUAUAGUAAUACUUUUGACAGAUUGUGUUUAUGGACUACUUUUUGCUAACGUUUGAGUACCAUGUAUGCAUUAUUUUGUAUAUGUACAGGGCAAGUAAGUAUAUAAUUUGAUAAAGUUGCAAUCAUAAAAUAUUAACAGAAGAUGUAAGAAAUCUCUGCAUGAUCUAAAUUUUUGUGUACCUUAUUUGUAAAUUAUUUGCCCUGAAGUUUUAGAAAAUAGUUUCUGGGGUUUUUUACAAAAAUUGCUGGACACACACAGCCAGAAUUGCAGGUUAGCAGAGAUAAAGAUUGUAAUACAUUUUGUAAAUUGUAAGCAAAAGGUUAUUUUUAUAUUAUAUACUGUUUAAUUGUCAGACCUAAUUUGUUCUGGUUUUCAUCUAGUCAUGGAGAUUCAGUAAGUGCCUUGGAACAGUAUUGAAUUCUCUUAGCCUGUAUAUGUUACUUCAGUGUUUUGAGUUCAUCUGGAACUAGAUUAUCAAAAAUAUUUGUACAUUUCUUAGUAUAUUUGACCUGAGAGUAAAAGAGAAACCAUUCUGCAUAAUCAAAACUCCUUAGUUUUCAUUUUAGUGUUUUCAUCAGUUGCAAUCUUUAGAAAACUCAUCCCUAUCACCUUUCUGUAUAGUAGGAUUUUACAGGUUUAAUAUGGCGUGUUUCUAAUUUGGGAAAACCAGAACACACUGGUAAAAGGACUGUUUCAAUACCACUGUCUUCUCUUACAGAUGGGGAAUACCAUUUUUGUUGUUCAACGACUGUGUAUGUAAGAAAGCAACUUAUAUGAAGGUUCACCUGGAGCCCUUGCAGCUACACUGUAUCUUGGCAAUAUAUUACGUCAAGAGUUAAUCCUUAUAAGGAUUCCUUUAUUAAACUUUUUCUGUAAUACAAUCUUUAAAUUAAAGAAAGUAAAAAUCUCACUAUGGGUGUUUUUACUCUUAGGAAAGAAAACUGUGUUCAGAAGUGAAGUGAAACAGAGUGAAGUGUGGCAGUCUGGCUUUGCUUGUAGAUCUCGUAUUUGAACAAAAUGCUGACACUCAGGACCUUAGUUUUAGUAACUGCUUUAAAAGUUCUGGCCAGCAAUAAUGUCAGAGAAGCAGAGAAGGGCGUUUAAAGGAAAAAUGUUCAUUUUAGGUAGUGAAACUAUUAAUCUGGACUUUAGCCAUGGAAACAUUAUGUCUAAUUUACUACUUGUACCUUUAGGGCCUCUCUGCUAAAAGAGAGCAUUAGCUGCCCAGAUAGCAGCCCUGUAGUAACUUCCAAAAGCUACAUAACUUGCAAUUACUGUCUCUAACUGUGGAUUAAUUGCCAUGUGCUUGGUACAUGUGAUAGACUGUUGAGCUGGGGAGCACAUUCAGAGAGCUGUGUGUGCUAUAAAUGCUUUCCAUGGAUGUAGUUUUGCAAUUAUUCAUUUAAAAAUAAAUAUUUCAAUUAUUUAUGCCAUCUGGGAUAACCUACAUAAACUAUAUUCCUGAUUUUUAAACAGUUCAGAAAUCUGGACUAUCCAGCAGUUGGCAGAAUAAAGUUGGCCUGAACUUUGUUUCCCCUCCCUGGUGUUGCGGAUGAUUAGCUUAGACUUUCACUCUUACAGAGCUGUGGUUUUGUAAUGCAAGACGGGCUGUCAUCACCCCUGGACAGUCCAAAUUGUUGUAACUUUUGGGGAAAAAAAAAGUUAAAUAAGAAAAUUUCCAAAUAUGUCUUGGCUGUACUUUUCAAGGAUCAUUUCCAUGUUUCUCUACCAUGCAAAUACAGAGCUGUGCAGGUAGUAGAUUUUCUGCUUUUCACCAUAUGAAUUUCAGUCAGAGCAAAGGCUGACCCAAAUCUGUGCACUAUAUACAGGCCAUCUGGCAAUGUGUAAUUAAAGAACAUGCGGGUUCAUCUUUUUUUCCCUUAGAUUUGCAUGGAUUUGGAUCACAUUCCAGACUGAGUUUGUCACAGAUGUUGCAGCCUUUCUUUGCUUUAGCAGCAAUUGUCCUGUAUGGAUUUCUGUGCCCUUUGACAGAGCUGUUUUACAGCUCGCUGUUGCCUGCUUACAUUCGUGGGAGUUUUGUAUUUUCACCUAUUGUAUUUCAGAUAAGCUGACAAUUUUAAGUGCAAGGUGAAACCUGCCCAAUGUCAUUACUUUCUGUAUCCACUCUUGUGGGUGGUACGGAGAUAACUGCAGGGCUGGGUGAUGUUCACUUGGGAAUUUCACAUCAUAACUUGGAAAUAUUAUCCAAUCUUAACAGCACC